AUGGGAAACUUGGCCCUCGUUUACUAUAUGUUUCUAGUGGGUUUAGAGCUUGAUUUUAAACCAGUAGUUCGUGCUGGGAAGAAGGCUCUCAGCAUUGCGCUCACUGGCUUUUUCUUUUCCGUCCUACUUGGUUGGGUCUUGUGUCGUUAUUUACUCCUCCAAGAUUUUGUCGCACAAACACAUGAUGGAGAUCAGGAACGUCCCACUAUAAACGGCCCAUUGUUCUGGGGCGUUGCUCUCGCCACUACCAACUUCCCAGACCUUGCCAGAAUCCUCGCGGACCUCAAACUUCUUUACUCUGAUGUUGGAGGACUUGCGUUAUCCGCCUCUGUUAUCACCGACUUGUGCUCCUGGAUUCUUCUUUUGCUCGUAAUGGCCAUAAUCAACAGCGUCCAGAUGUAUGCAGUGGGCUUGACCUCGGUUUUUCUAGGACUCUGCGUUUUUGUAGUACGUCCUGCUCUGUCAUGGAUUGUUCACCGAGUACGCGAAAGAGAAAAAGAGGAGAGGAACAACAGUCAGCUUAUACGCUUUGUUUUAGCUGGGGUGUUGCUCUCUGGGGUCAUUACCGAUGCCUGUGGAUCCCAUUCCAUUGUAGGGCCUUUUGUGUUAGGAGCCAUUAUGCCUAAGGGCGAGUUUACGGACAUGCUUAAACAGAAGGUGGGAAAUUUUGUGCCUUCGAUUCUGAUGCCUCUUUACUUCUGUAUCAAUGGAGGAAGAGUCAACUUUGAGGAUAUUCUCGGUGACAGAAAAAAUCCAAUAGAGCAAAAAACUGGGGCUACCGUCGGUCGUGUAGUGUGGGUUACCAUCAUUGCUUUCGCAACUAAAACUGUGAGCACUUUCGUUGCCGGCAUAAUCAACAAAAUGUCACCCCGGGAUAGUUUGGCUCUUGGAGUGCUCAUGAACACCAAAGGGUUAUUGACACUCAUUAUACUCAAUAGUGGCCGGGACAUAAAGGCAUUGAACAAACAAACGUUCGGAGUAUUGAUGGUGGUGAUUUGGGUAAUGACAUUUGCGGUUGGCCCGUUUAUAGCCUACUUUUACAAGUCCAGUGCCAAGACUUUCGUGCAGUACAAACAGAGGAGUUUAGCAAGCGUAGGACCUAACAACCAGUUUCGAGUCCUUGUAUGCGUUCACACCUCACGCAAUGUGCCGGGCAUCAACCUCCUCGAGGCUUCUAAUCCAACAACACAAUCCCCUCUUCAUGUUCUUGCUGUCCACCUUGUGGAACUAACUGGACACGCUUCGGCCAUGUUGGUAGUGCACGAUGCUUGCAAGACCAAAGAUGUAAACUUUCCCGACAAAUCUUCGUCUCCGACAAAUGCCAUCGAGUUAUAUGCCAAACAAAGGCAAAGUGUCACAGUGCAAUCACUCACGGCAGUGUCUGCUUAUCCGACGAUGCAUGAGGACAUAUGUAACCUGGCUGAGGACAAUCGUGUCUCCAUAAUAAUUAUCCCGUAUCAUAAGAAAGCUACAAUAUUGGAUGGAGAAGGAGGGGCAAGAGAUGAAGACAAAUCGCAUUUAAAGAACCUCAACAACAACUUGAUGGAAAAUGCGCGGUGCUCCGUGGGUGUUCUUUUGGAUCGGGGCAUUGGUACAUCCAACUACUUUGACUGCUGCCGCCACUUUACCAUGCUCUUCUUUGGAGGGGCAGAUGACCGCGAGGCAUUAGCGUAUGCGGGGAGGAUGGCUGGACAUCCAAGGGUUACCCUAACUGUUAUAACGUUUAACAUCAUGAGUAAAGAGGCAGCAAAAACGUGCGUCGAUGAUGAUGAUGACGGUGAUGAGUAUAAUGACGAGGACGAGGACGACAAUGAGAACGACAACGACGACGACUACGACGAUGUUACUCUUGAGGGAAUGAAAAGUACUGGAGAAGAGAAAAAAAUGGAUGACUUGUACUUGGAUGAGUUUAGGUUGAGGUCAAUGAAUGAUGCCUCCAUAAAAUUUGUAGAGAAUUGGGUGACCAGUUGGGAACAAAUUCUCUCAUUAAUACAAUCCACGGAGGGUGAAUAUGAUAUGUUUAUAGUGGGUAGAAGACAUGGAGAAAUGCAAGAGGUCGCCACAACGUUACUGGAUGACGAUGACUCUAACGACAUUGGAGUUCUUGGAGAGGCAUUGGUAUCUUCAAUCUUCACAGCUAGUACAUCCAUUCUAAUUGUGCAAAAAAGUGAAUUUGCUCAUGAUUCAUGA